UGAUUAACGGCGAGUUGUUUCCAACCUAACACAACCUAACCUUUAAGCAAGACGUACAAUGUGAGACAUCGUACUCUUUAUCAUUAUUGCUGUAAUUUUGUACUAAAGAAGAGAAAUGGCCUUCAGAAAUAUUUUUCGUACAGUUGUCAAAAAAGCUACACCUAUCAUAUAUGCAUCGUCUCCAAUUAUCGUGAACUGUGCAGCCUCAAAAAAGCCUCCAGGUGAUAAAAAAAUAACACUGGAACCUCCAGAACACUUAUCAUACGAUUAUAUGAUAAAACAAUCUACAAUACAAGCUGUAAAUAGUGCAACACAGGCUUUGACUGUUACGUACAUUGCAAUAGAAACAACUAGUCAAGAAUAUAGAUAUUUGUUAAGUCAAUUGAUUGUACUGAUACAAGAAACUCUUACAUAUGAGGUAUCUGACUCCCAUUGGGAUCACAUUGUUAAAAUACGAUCUGAAGUACAAGAAAAAAAGCUAACAGUCAUGCAACUGAUUAGCUUUAUGGAUUAUGUUCAUAAAAUGGCAGUGGCAGCUUCUGAAAUAAGUUAUUUGUCUGAUAUGGAGAAUUUAUCAACAACACUAUGCCAAAGGAUAGAUGAUGCUUUAAGCAAAAUGCAAAAAGAAAUUACAAACAAUCAAAUUCUUGAAGAUGAAUAUAGGCUCAUUCAACAAAAAAGUAUCAUGAAAUCUAAUGUGAAACAUCUCUAUCAAGAAACUAAAAACGAUGAGGCACCAGCCGAAAUUAUUAACAUAGACUGAAAAAUUCAUCAGGGCAGAAUAUCCUAAGCUCCAAAAUCAAGGUUAACAUAUACAAUAUUGUUUACACGUACGUAAUAACGGAAUAUGAGAAAUUGUUGUCUUUUUCUAUCAUCUUAAUAAAGAACAUACAGACGCGUCA